AUGGAUGAUUCUGGAACAAACGACCUUGCGCGACCGCAAAUAUCCACAACGCCAACUGCUACCGAAUCUGUUCCUACGCCUAUACCCCCGGCGGUUCCUCCUCGUACAUUCCAAACAUAUGUGCCACCAAAGCCCGUGAUCAAUGUGGAUGAUGAUUUACCAAAUCCAGCUGACCAAGAUGAAAUCUCAACACCACCCUCUCAACUUGCUCCACUUUCAACCGAUUUAACAACAUUGACAGAAAGAUUGAAUACGUAUCAACAAAGUCUAGAAAAGAAUAAUGACAUAUCUGAUUUAAAACUUUCGUUUAAUGCAUUAACCACAUAUCUCACAGAGAACACAUAUCCAUAUAAAAUUUGGCCUAAUAUUGAACGUGGUGAUCCAGCUGUGGCAAAGAUCAAAGAAGAAAUUAGGGGGUUGAAGGGAUUACUAAUCAAUCUUAGAAAUUUUCCAAAAAUUCCUGCAUCUCCAACUACCUACUCAACACAAUCUUUAGCAUCUAAACUACCAACAGGAUCACAAAUACCAGAAAUCGAAUGA